AUGGAAACACCAUCGUCGCCUGAGUCAGGAGCCUGUACAGAUAAUUUAAUAUUUAAAGUACGUGGUCAACGCAAUUUUAUUAUUUAUCUAUCUUUGAGAAUUGAGCCGAGUAUGUUCACGUGUAACACAAUAUAACAUGAAUUAUAACACUCAAUUACUAAUUACCCAGGCCGCAGCCAGUGUCAUAGAAUGCCCUCGCUGAAAAUGCUGUCUUUUUCGGGAUUUUUUUGUUGUCGCAAGUGUGACUUUCCAAUUUCCAUUGCGGCAUCGUGGGCUCAGGAUUGCGCAAUUUAGCUAAAACAUACUCACGCUGUCUCGUAUUUAACUACGUUACAAAUCUUAGACGCUGUAAUUGUUUAUUUAUUUAUUUAUUUAUUACUCCGGGUACUGUAAGUACCGGAGUAUUAAAAUGGCAGAUCUUUUUUCUUAGGCGACACAAGUGUGCACUUCCACAGGUGCACCGUACGCAACGCACGCAACGCACUACAAAAAUACGAAAUAUCUAAAAAUAGCCGCCAUUCGUAGUAGAUCAGAGCGAGCGUUGUGUUUACAAUGUAUUUAGUUCUAUUUACAGUAAAUAUUAUCAAAUGCAGGGGUUCUCAUACACUCGUUUUUAUACAGUGACCACAGUUCAUAUAAAUACAAAUCGAAAUUCGCGACUUUCUCGCGUGUUUAGUAGCGGUUGCCGUUAUUGCAAAGCUAAUUCUGAUCGACAACUGGCUUGUAUUGGUUCGUUACUGACGUUAGCCCGGUAUUUUUUACUGCGGAUUUCGAUUUACCGUUUCAGGGCUUCCGUUUCCAGUGAUUGUUUUUCCGUUAAAACGAACAAGUUGCUAAGGGCCAAUGUCAAUGUUACUAAGUGAAGUCUAGUGGUCUUUGUCCGUCGUUUUCUUAUCCGUUGUUUAUCAUUUGUGAAUGUAACUGUUAUAUUCGUAUUUAUCUCGUCAUUGGCAACAUUUUGAUAUAUAAUUGACGAAGCUUUGUGGAUCAUUUCAUGUUUUUAUUGAUAUUUUGGAAAUUGUAGCGUAUAAAAGGCCAGUAAAUAAUUUUGAAGCCUUUUAUACGCUACAAUUUCCAAAAUAUCAAUAAAAACAUGAAAUGAUUCACAAAGCUUUGUAAAUUAUAUAUCAAAAUGUUGCCAAAGACGAGAUAAACACGAAUAUAACAGUUACAUUUACAAAUGAUAAACAACGGACAAGAAAACAGCGGAUAAAGACCACUAGACUUCACUUAGUAACAUUGACAUUGACCGUUAGAAACGUGUAUGUUUCAACGGGAAAACAAUUACCGGAAAUUAAUGCGCUGAAACGGUAAAUCGAAAUCCGCAGUAAUUUUGUCAACACUGUACGUAGUUAAAUUGUGUUAACACCCGUCACUCGUGUUCUUUAAGUCUCCCUUUGUGCUUCGUGGCCAAAAUUGAAGUACAAAUAACGUACAAAUCUAUUCGACAUAUGACAUAUCUGAAAGUCUUCGAUUCGCGAGGCAAUUUAUAUCGCAAACCACAACAAUAUUGGCAAUAUUUCUACCACGCUUGGAUCAGACAAAAGCGCAUAUAAAAUAUAUAUAACUAAAUAGCUUUACCCAACACUAGUACGUCUAUUACACAGUUUAAUGUUUUAUUUAUAGAGUAUUAAAAAUCGGUCUCGACAGCUGCAUUGUCUUGGUCUUAAAGUAAAAUCAUUACUAGAACAAUCUAAACGUUUGAUAAUAACAAACUUACAGAAGCCUUACAAAUUAAAACAAUCAAUCUGUAUAAACAAAAUAUCAACAUAACUUAAUUAUGAGUUAUGGUGCCAGUUAUGAACUUACUACCAUGCAUUGAAAAAGUGUUGACAAUUAACUAUAUGACACGACUAACAAUAUAUUACUUUUUAAAUAAUUUUCUUUGCGUGUUUGAUAAAUGUGGUUUGUUUACGUUAGCUAUUUUUAGUAAUUCAGUUUCAGGAGUUCUUCUCGAGGGUCGAGGGUGGGAAGCGAGGGUCGAAAAAUCAUAUAUAAAAAGUCGAGGAUCAUAUAUAAAAAUUACGGGGUCGUAUUUCUAAAAUAUUUUAUGGUUUUUAUUGUCGAGGGUAGAAAUUUGCGGGCAUUCCCUAUAGAUAAAUUUACAAAUGUGGCAAGCACAAUAGCGAAAACAAUACUUUGAAGAUGGCGUCGCGAACCCGGAAAAGGCGUAUGGCAAUGGAAAGGUGUAUAAACAAGUCCUGAUUACUCUGAUUCAAUAGACCAUAUAGUGAAUAGACUGUACAAUAAUUUGCGACAUUCAAUCCGAGAUGACGCAGAUAAUGCACCAUGCCGUUUGAAACUAUCUCGACUGUAGCUUUUGAUCGGCAUGUCUGUUUUUAUGUAGUAAUAUUUUGUCAUAUAAAAAGUAAUCGCAUAUAAAAAAUUAAUAAUUGCAUUUAAAAAUAAGAGCUAAAAAUUAAAAGUAAAGUAAGUGAACACGAACUUAAAUUAUUAUUUUGUUAAAUUAUUAAAAUGUACCCUCAAGCUUUUCACCCUCGAAUUUCUACCCUCGACAAUAAAAAACCCCAUAAAAUAUCUGUAAAAUACAGCCUCCGACUUAUUAUAUACGACUCGAAAAAACACUCCUACGCAUGUUUUAAAUAGAACUUUUAAUAAAGAACUAGAUAGCUUUUAUUAUAAUCAGUGUCACAAUGUCCUUUUAUUUUUAUGUUAUAAAAUAUUAUGAUCAUUGCAUAUGUUUUUAGUCACCUGGUCAAGUGGUACACUGUAGUUCUCCCACUUUUCCAACUUUAAUAUGCUACUGAAUAUCAUGCAUUAAACAUACCUUCAUUGCCGUAUAUAAGCAUACGUUAAAGUAGCUUUGCGCCGUUAGUUAAGGCCCUGUACCCGGAGUGAACGCCUGAGUGGGCGUCUUGUUAACUUUACAACCAUACAUAAAAUAGACUAAAAAACUACAUAAUAUGGUUGAAGGUAUGGUCAACAGGACAUGAAUAGCCCCAUAUGAAGACCAACCUUAAUGAAAACAAACUAUAACAAACAUAAAUCAAAGACGAUAACAAAUAUAAAAUUUACAGAAAACAUGACGAAUUACGAACAACAGCUUAAGUUGAAAGAGCGGCACUUAGAACAGAAGGUUUUCCAAGUUUACAUCGAAAGAUGAAUGAAGUAGAGAAGAGUAAUGAACAGUUAGUCUGUUUUUAAAGGAGGAAACGGAUGAACUAUUACGAAUGGUAGGAGAGAGAUUACAGAGCCUGAAAUAAUUUUAAAAUUUGUCCGGAAAAACUUCCGAUCAAAACGAAAUUUGACCGGAAAUUUGCAAAAUUGACCGGAAUAUUUUUUAGUUUAGUUUGACCAAGUCCACACGCCCCCCCCCCCCCAAUGAGCAAACUCUGUCAAGCAUGCAGACGUGCACUGAGUAAAUCACUCUACUUGCAAUUGUGUAAGGUAAUUGUAACUGUAGCGAAAAUUCAAAAUGGUCGUGAGCCGACGGGUGUUUUAAAUUGAUUGACGGGUGAUUUAAAUUGCAAAUUAUUAAGACUCACUUCACAUUUUCACGACAACACCACGCUGUAAGCCACCUUCUUGUUUAUUGAGCCGGUGAACCAGCCUAGUUCCUGGCCUUCUCGCUUCCGCCUCAUUAUUUUAGGGGGAAAUCGAUAAGGUUUGCAGGUUGACCAUGAUAAAGCUGUAUUAUUUGGAGACUGGGGAAACUGACAGCCCGCAAGUUCACGACAGCUUGUAACUCGCCCGCGCUUGGAAGCCCAGGGACUAGGCUGCCCGUGAACUAUACUUUCCAGUUGAUUACUUUAUAUUAGCCUAAUAUAGAUAAUCCAAACUUACAGAUGGUACUCACUGUGCUGAGCGCCGACCCGAUCAUUAAGAAAACAUUUUUCUUUUUCUCAAAAUUUGGCCGGACAAAAUUUCCGAUCAUUUCAGCAUUUGGUCGGAAAAAUUGGAAUUUGGUCGGAAAACCGCCGGCCGUUAUUUCAGGCUCUGGAUACUGUAACAUAAUAAUUGUAUUUUUAAUUAACAUUUUGUUAUGUGUGGAUUAGGGGCUUCUGUGAGACACUAAGAUAAACAGUGGCGGAAAUCUUGGUGGGGCGGGGAGGGCGGUCGCCCCCACCUUCAUGGAAAAUGCCGAAUUUUCAGAAAUUUUGACCUAAAAGAGGGCUAAAAACAGCCUUUUCAAGUGCAAAUGGGGGGGUUUGUCGGAAAUUUGAAAGUUUUUUGUCUGAAAUUUAGGAGGCUUUGCCCCCCACCGGAAAAAUGAAUUUCCGCCACUGAAGAUAAGGGUUCUAACUGCUGUAUCAGCCAUUCUGUUUUCUAUAUUCCAGGGUCGUAAUCCUUUUUACCUGGAUCCUGCCAUGGUAAUUUGUAUAACUGACGGUGGAAAACUCACCUCAUCAGAUGGGGUUAAUCAAACGGUAAAAUAAUACCAACAAACUUUCUUUGAGUGAUUUAUUAAACCUGUAAAUAAUGUCAGGAGUAACUCUGAGCAUGAGCAUCAGAUGUUGGGGUCUGCAAUGACAGUGCUUUCUUGCAAAAUAACUUGAGCUAACUGGAAACCUGGACUAGAAGUCUUGCACAUGCAUUGUCAUACAGUAGUGUCUUGUCGCAAUAUUUUUUGCAAUUUCUGCACUUAUGAUAGUCAAAUUUGCAUGUGAUUUGCUCCCAGAUUGGGUUUAUUAAGUCUGUCUGAUUCGAAAUUUCAUUUUUCUUCAAUCUCGAGUCCUGCACAAGGGAUAUUUCGUAUUACCAAAACUGAGUUUCUAUUUAUUCAAAUGGCUCGCUGUGUUCAUUGCAAAUUAUUCUUGGCUAGUUUUGCAAGAACACAAAUUAUUUAGGCAUGAAAAUGAGCACAUGCCCUUAUAUUCGAAUAAUGAAUUAAUUUAAACCUUGUUAAUUAAAACGCUUUAGUUGCAGUUACCAAUCGACCCUUCCACUCCUGGUUAUGAUCUGACUAAAGAACCAUUCCGCUGGGACCAACGUCUUUUUUCUCUCCUCUUAAAAUUUCCUGGCAGUCCCCAUGGGUUUGAUAAACAGGCUGGUGUUAUUGCAGAUGUUGCUAACGAGUACUUAAUAACACCAAUGUGUGAGGUUACUGGAGGUAAGUAAAAUAAUUUUAAUAGUUCUAGAGGAGGACCAAUGUGCUAUGUACAUUUCACAAAUAUGGGGAUACAAUGUAGGCAUGGUACAUUCCAGUUACAGCUGCUCCCGAUUGAUCGAUUCAUCAUAAAAAAGAAGAUUGUAGCUAUAGCAAUAGUUUUCAACAAGAGAACCAAAACAAGUAUACAAUAGUAUUUUAAAAAGGUAUUUUAAAUAUAUGUGCAGUAAAACCUGUCAAUAAAAAGUGUUGUAAGUUGUUAAACAGAGAAUAAAAGAAUGAUGCCACAUGCAUUUAAUUUCUAUUUUCUAAUUAUAUUGUGCGAAUUCUAGGACGAUCUUACAUAAUCACCACACCGAAAUCUCUGUCUAACAUCCUGGACUCACUUGUUCAAAAGUUUCAAAUGGGAGUUGUGAUCAAUUUUGAAAAAAUUGGUGGUCCGGAUAAACCAGCCGAAGGUAGGGAAGUAAAUACAAAACAACAGUAUAACUUAUUAUAUUGUUGUGUAUUUAACUAAAAUACUGAAUUGUUCCCACAAAUUCAGGUAGGGAAGUUGUAUACUGUUGCUAUUAUUGUUGAUGUAAUGUAUUUCCAGAACGAGAUUGUUAUUUGUCCGGUCACAGAAACCUGGAGCUUUGUCUUUUUUUUUGGGACUUAAUUUGAUUGGUUCUUCAUAGAUAGUAAAUGGUCACUUUGUUUUGGAGAAUAAAUACUGAACCAUGCCCGCACCUACCCUUCCAAACACGACCCCAUCCUAACCUGCGAUCAGGUAGGAGUAAUUCCAUACCAUUUCAACACAAAAAAAACUGAUUUGACACCCACCCUCUCCAAAUUUCUUUAUAUUUCGCAGGCAGUUAACAUUGUGUGGGAAUAGUUUGAGUUCAAAAUUUGAGCAUCGUAGCUGCAAUAGUUUUUGAGAUAUCGCAAUUCGAAAUAUGGGCCGAAAAGCAAAAAAGUGGGCGUGGCCAGUCCUAAAUUCACCGUUACCCUAUUUUACAUUUUGACCUGUAACUUCAUAUCCGUACAUGGUAUAUCCAUCAAAAUUUGCACAAAUAUGUAUUUGUAUGUGGAGAUUUCAAAUAUUGCACUUUCAUCUUUGUAUCUGCAACCAGUAAUGUGUUAUGGCACAGCAAAGAGUCUAAUUAUGUGUUUCUGAAGACACGAAAUAUACAUCAUCUUUAUUGGAAAAAAAUUUAUGUAAGCCAUAAUUACACAACAGUAAUUUUUAUUCCACAUCAUAUUCACAUGCUAUUCUACUUUUAAGCAAAAUUUGGUGAUGGUUAGUUGCCUGCUUUAAAAAGUAGAGCCCUUUAAAGUUGUCGUAUUUUCUAAAUAACUUUAAUAGUACGUUUCGGGUGUUUGUUAAGAAUAAAAUACAUUCAUUGAGAAAUGGGACUGCCAAAUACCUUAAUGUUUCAUUCGAUCUUUCUUUAUUGAUAGUGCAUAUUUAAAAUUUGUUUUAAAAGUUUUAAAAUUACAUAUUUAUUAAUAGUACAUACACAAAAAGAAUAUCAAUGGAUCAAAAGUAUGCAAUACAAUUUAUUUCUUAUCUACCCCUGCUCGUGAAUCAAUUGUACUUUCAUUGUAUGCUAACUCUUUUAUUGUAUGCUUGUAAGAUGAUGAAAAAUGGCUUGAUUUGAUUGAAGAAGUUGACAAUGAUCAAAGAAAUGCAAAAAUUAAUAAGGUUUAUGCACCCAAAGUGCAUCGCAAGAUCAUAUUUCUGGCCAGUAAGAGGAUACUUGUUAGCGAUUGGCCGAUAAUUGCGUCGUGUACUCGUGCCAGCCAUACGUUUCAACGGAAACUCUUAAACAUCUUUAUCAAUGAUGAUUUGGGGUAACUGUGGCGAAUCUUUAAGAGGCAAUCUUCAGAAACUCCAAAACUGAGCUGCAAAAGUUAUUACGGGUGAUUCAUUUGAAAUAAGCUCCAUAGAUAUUUUAAAGAAACUAGAUUGGAAAACGUUAGGUGAAAAAAGGACGGAGCAACGACUAAAAUAUGUAUCUAAAGCACUUACAUGCCAAUUUCACGAUAACAUUUCGGACAUGUUUAAACUAUAUAAUUCAGAUCGUUAUGAAUUAAAAAAUAACAAAAAUAAGUUGAUGUUGUUGAAGCCAAAAACAAAUUCAAUGAAACAAACUUUCGGUUAUGCAGCCGCUAAAGUUUGAAUGAAAGAAAUAAAAUUUUUAUAUAAUUUUAUCUGGGUGGGGUUGGAGUGAAUAAUAAACUUUGAAUGUCUUUCUAAUAUUAUUUGGGUGGUUCGGGGAGGGUGGGUGCAUGGGAAUCUCUUAUACUGUCUGUAAGUACACGGCCUAGUGAAAAGUAACGACAACCUUGCUAAUAUUUUUUUAGUUGAUUAGCUAUCGUGUUACAAGAUGUUUUUAAUAAAAAAAUAUAUAUAAUCGGAAUCCUCGAUUUUUGCUUAUCGGUAGACAAUCGGAAUCGGUAGAAUAAUUUGUAUUUUCCGAUUGUGUAAACCGAUUGUUGAGAAAAUACGCACUUUAAAAAUCAUAUAUAUUGCCCGGUGAUACACGUUGAAUGCACUUUUUUAUGUGAAAACAACAACUGUUUAAUCUCUUGCGCGAACGGUAGCGUGUUGCAUAGUAGGUGUGGAGCAAACCGUUGCCGCGACGAACUAAUACGUGAAGCGUGUCAUUUAUGUACAGGUUUAACAAACUUUGGUUGCUACUAGUAACAUGUUACGUUGGAAAUUAUCAUUAAAAUCUCGAAAUGGAUUAGAAAAUCAGAAUCGGGUAGAUUAUUGGAUGAAUAAUUGAUAAUAAUUGGUCAAUCACUAAUACUUGUUGGGUUUCGGAUGAGAACGUUAUUUCUAACAUUGGUGUUCCAACAAUAGUCACUGGGAGGCAGUACAAACUGCAGCCUAAAGACCAAGAAGUCUUGCGCACAUUCAUGGAUAAACAGUAGUGAUCUCUAUAUAUACAGCAUCGAUUUUGAUCAAAGGCAAUUUGAUACAAGAAAUAACAGUUACUCUUGGAGAACAUAAUGUACUAUUAAAAAAGAAUGAUAGAAUCAAACAUUAAGCUAUUUGGCAGUCUCAUUUCUCAAUGAAUGUAUUUUAUUCUUAACAAACAUCCAAAACGUACUAUUAAAGUUAUUUAAAAAAUACGACAACUUUAAAGGGCUCUACUUUUUAAAGCAGGCAACUAACCAUCACCAAAUUUUGCUUAAAAGUAGAAUAGCAUGGGGAUAUGAUGUGGAAUAAAAAUUACUGUUGUGUCUGUAUGGCUUCCAUAAAAAUUUUUCCAAUAAAGAUGAUGUAUAUUUCGUGUCUUCAGAAACACAUAAUUAGACUCUUUACUGUGCCAUAACACAUUACUGGUUGCAAAUACAAAGAUGAAAGUGCAAUAUUUGAAAUCUCCACAUACAAAUACAUAUUUGUGCAAAUUGUGAUGGAUAUACCAUGUACGGGUAUGAAGUUACAGGUCAAAAUGUAAAAUAGGGUAACGAUGAAUUUAGCACUGGCCACGCCCACUUUUUUGCUUUUCGAGCCAUAUUUCGAAUUGCGAUAUCUCAAAAACUAUUGCAGCUGCGAUGCUCAAAUUUUGAACUUAAACUAUUCCCACACAUUGUUAACUGCCUGCAAAAUAUAAAGAAAUUUGGAGAGGGUGGGUGUCAUGCCUGUGUUGAAAUGGCAUGGAAUUACUCGUAGAUAUCCACAGGUCACCCCUAUAGUUGGUGUUGAGGGAUCAUGUGAUUCGAUCCUGGAUUUGGUUCAAAUCUAUUGAAAUUUACGUGGUAUCAUUGCAGAUUGUUGAAAAAACGAGGAAAAUAGUUGUGCCAGAUAAACAGCAUUCACACAGUGAAAUUCGGUCACUAUGCAAAAAAGACCCUUUCCUCUCUCGGAAAACGAUUUUACACAACCAAAAUGCGACUUGUAAUUUGGAAUGCAUCUUCUGAUUCUUACAAUCUGAUACAUCUAGAAAGCGACAUUCUUGGAUAAAAACGAGUCUUUCUUGCAGGGAUGUAAUUUUAAAAGGAAACAUUUUAUUUUCCAUUUUAUUUGAAGGAACAGCCAAUGCUACAUCUGGUACUGCAAACCAGGCAGUAGAAACGGAGAAUGAAGGCAAGCCAAAUCAUUUGAACAACGUUGUGAAGCCUGCUAAUGAUUUAUCUGGGUAAGUUAUGAACAUGAACAAUUUUUGUUUCAUUGUAAUACAACAAACAUUCUGAAGAAGACUCGAAGUGAUAUAUGAUCUAAAUACAGUAAUUGUUGCAUGAGUACUUAAUAUAUAAGCUUAAACUUUGGUGUGAGUAAAACAUUACGUGGUCUUGCUAAGUUAUUAUAUUUAUAUGUUGUCUUGUUGAGUAAAAGUGGUGAACGAAAACAGAAGUAAAAUUCCAACUUGACUCGUUGUGAUUUUAACAUUGCAAGCCUUCACUUAUAGAAUGACAUGCAUAUAUCUAAUGCAGUGGCGGACACUAGGGGGGGGGGGGAGCGAGGGGGGCCCGAGUCCCCCCCCCAAUAAGUUUGAAAGACUGUAAAAAUCUUGUACCAAAUAACGCAAAUCAAACUCAUAUAACGCAAUUGUCAUAUUAAAUAAUAACUAUUUGAUAAAACCUAAGCUAAAAAGUAAGUCAUAUAUCGAACAAUAUAAUAAUAUAUGUUUCUGUACUGAACAUGUCACAACAUGUACGCAUUUUAUACAUUCUUUUUGACGGAUACUAGGGGGAUCAACUUUUUGCAACAGGCACUUCUUUAAAUGUUAUAUUGUCGAUUUUUUGUGGCUAGCCCGUUCGCGGGCUAGCCACUAUCAUAUACUCAAAAGCGUUGAUGUCUGUCCGGAUUUUCGUAUAAUAGCGUAGCCCGAAGUGGCUCCGACAGCUUGGCGAUCUUUUGUAUAUCGUCGGAAACCACUCCGAAUCAAUUUUGUUUCAAAAUUUUAUACUCAAAGUUCGCCAAUUUGUCGAGGAAGUUGUCUGUUCUUCUCUUAAAGCAACGGGUAAGUGACUAUUUCUUUGUUUAUUCUUGUUUCCGAUUUUAUUUUGCUGUUUUAUAUAUAAUAUUACCGUAUUUAUUACCGAACCACAAAUCAAAAUAUAAAUAGGAGCCAUUGUGCUUGCACUGAUCUAAGAUCAGGGAUCCGCGUGAGGACCACGCAGCAAAGCUUAACCUUGCCAUUGUGUGGGCAUACAACUAACUUGACUAUUACUACAGUAGUCACUAAAAUAAACUUGACUAUUACUACAGUAGUCAC